GACCGUUGUGGGCGGCUCUCUCUGCACUCGUAUGAGCAGAGGCUCUGUCUGCUUUGCUAUGAUAUGAGCGGCAGACCCGACCAAGUGUAGCCGAGUAGGCUACGUGCCAUAAAUAAAUCAAGUCUGAACUGUCUCAACCGAGUCAGAGAAAAUGGUAUUUGGUGUCGGCUGUUAACCUCCAGUGAUUCUCUUGGGAAUAACAGAACAGGCUGAAUUAUUCCGAGCAGGGAGCAAGCUGCGUAAGUUUUACACCCUUGGCGCUGUGCUUUUGAUGGCGUUCUUGCAGAGGACUGGAGACUACUGCCACGCUCAACAUCCCAGAGCAUAGGCUGAUCCAGGGGAGGAUGCCCACUGCUCUGCCUUCUCCGCCUAAUACCCUGCACUGAUCCCUGGGUACCAACGCAUCGAGGGCUCCCUGCCUCCCAGGACUCUCCACACCCUAGGUCUGUCACUCUAAGACCCUCUCUCAGGAACCCUAAUGGGAUGAUUGGACUAACUAUUCCACGACUCUUCAGUGAAAGCCCAAGACCUCAUCUAAACCAACCACAGUGACCCUCCCAAGGAUCGACCAACCCGAGGACAGACUUGUAUUUUAUAUCGUCUUAAAGGAGGGACAGGACUGAGAACGUCUGCAGGAGUUUAGCCCACCAGCGACCGUGGCCACUGUGGACGACCAGUUUGUGGUCCCCUUGCGUCCCUGUCCGUGUUGUGUUCGCCCCCCCAGCUGGGUAAGGGUUGUCAACAUGGCCCGUAUGAACCGUCCGGCACCGGCAGAGGUGUGCUACAAGAACAUGCGGCUGCUCAUCACGCACAACCCCACCAACUCCACCCUCAACAGCUUCAUUGAGGACCUUAAGAAGUACGGAGCCACGACGGUAGUGAGAGUGUGUGAGGUCACCUAUGAUAAGGCUCCAUUGGAGAAGGAUGGCAUCACCGUGGUGGACUGGCAGUUUGACGACGGUGCGCCCCCUCCCUCUAAGGUGGUGGAGGACUGGCUGAGUCUGCUACGGUCUCGUUUCCUGGAAGACCCGGGCUGCUGCGUGGCCGUGCACUGUGUGGCUGGACUGGGCAGAGCCCCGGUGCUGGUGGCGUUGGCACUGAUCGAGAGUGGGAUGAAGUAUGAGGAUGCCAUCCAGUUCAUCAGACAGAAGCGCAGAGGGGCGAUCAACAGCAAGCAGCUGACCUACCUGGAGAAGUACCGCCCCAAACAGAGACUGCGCUACAAAGACCCACACAUCUUCAAGAACAAGUGCUGCAUCAUGUGACCCCCAUUUCCACCCUCAGCCAAUCAACUGCCUGCCACCUGAUCGAUCUGACCCGAAUGGAUAACGACGAUGGAUGAGUCCACAGCCAAUGCACUUUGUGACUGAACUAUGAGAACUAUGAAUCAUGGAGUGAGCUAAGCAGCUCCACCAGGGGAAGGGUGUGAUGAGUCUCCCUGGUGCCUAAAGAUGGCUCUUACUGAGGGGGCCGAUGGAUCAAGCCCUCCUUGAAUCUGACUUUUUAUCCAAGAGCCAGCCGGAGGUAGCUUGGAAUGGAUGGUGGAUGUGGCACAGGACGUUGACACUCGCCACAUUGAACUCCGUCAUCACCAUGGGGUUGUGCCUCGCUGCAAAUGAUUUGACUUGCAGUUGACUUUGUCAUUGUACCUCCAACGCCCCCUUGCUACCAAAUGGUGGUAACGCCUCAAAUCAUUGUCUGAAAGAGAGACAGCUUUAGCUGUAUGAAUAUGACACCAAUGUGAAUCAUGGGGGAGGGGGAAUGUUUGUGCCUGGUUGCCCUUUCUCUCCCUGCCUACAGUAGGGGGACUGAGCUGUUUUCUGUUCACUCCUUGUUCCAAGGUUAAUGCUAUCCGGAAUCCUUGGGCCAUCCUUAACCCUUACCUAACCCCAACCAUAACCCUUACCUAACCCCAACCAUAACCCUUACCUAACCCCAACCAUAACCCUUACCUAACCCCUACACCAUCCU